AGCAGGCCUUAUCGGACAGGCCAGCCCUGCUGUCCCCUUAGGGUUUCAGUCACAACAUCAAUCUAAAAUGAACACCAUUUCGAUCUGGACCUUUUUCUAAAUUCAACGUUUACCACAAUGUUGGCUCUGGUCAGGAGUGCUUGGGGUGGCCAAUUGAUGACCCGCCUGGCUACCAUGGAGGGCUGGUGCUCAUACUCUAAGAGCCCCAAAAGAGCGGCGAGUCAGGGCAAGUACAAGAUCGUUAUGUUGCGCCACGGAGAGUCAGAGUGGAACCAGAAGAACCUAUUUUGCGGCUGGUUCGAUGCAAAGCUGAGUGAAAGGGGCCAGAUGGAGGCCUGUGCCGCGGGUCUUGCACUCAAGGAGGCCAAGCUAGAGUUCGAUGUGGCUCACACCUCGCUGCUGUCCAGAGCCCAGCACACGCUGUUUGCGGCUCUGAGGAUUGCCGAGCAUCGGAGGAUCCCAAUAUGCUGCAGUUGGCGCCUUAACGAGCGCCACUACGGUGGUCUGACGGGUCUGAACAAGGCAGAAACCGCCAAGAAGUACGGCGAGGAUAUGGUGCAGAUAUGGCGUCGUAGCUUUGAUAUCCCGCCGCCGGCCAUGAACGAGGACCACGAGUACCAUGCUUGCAUUGUCAAGGAUCCGCGCUACAAGGGCUUCCUGGAGCCCGCGGAGUUCCCCAAGUCAGAGUCCCUCAAGCUCACCAUUGAGCGGACCCUGCCCUACUGGAACGAGGUAAUUGUGCCGCAAAUCAAAGAAGGCCAGCGCAUCCUGAUCUCCGCACAUGGCAAUAGCCUGCGGGGAUUGAUCAAGCACCUGGAGUCCAUCUCCGACGGGGACAUCAUGGGUCUCAACCUGCCCACGGGAAGACCAUUCGUCUAUGAGCUGGACGAAAACCUGAAACCGCUGGAAACUCUAAAGUUUCUCGGAGACCAGAAGGUGGCCAAGAAAGCCAUGUUGUCGGUGGCCAAUCAGGGCAAGGCCAAGUAGUCCUGGCAAUAAUUCGGGAAGGGUUACUCUCCUCCGGCGAAGGUCAUUCCAAUCAAGCUCAAUGCACUUGUAUGCCAAACAAAAAUAGCAGAUCGAAGGCGUCCAGAGAACGGGGAAAUGGUAGUGGAAGCCCAAGGCGAAUGUCAAGCAGCAAAUAAAUUUAUUUGAUUUUAAUUGACAAUGAAGA